AGUUUAGUUAGUUAUUAGCCGGUUGCGAAUAUCGGUUGUACUAGUUUUGCCUAGUCGCACUAGCUUAAGCCACGCUCGGAAUGCUUCCGCUGUACGUUUUGGCGGCCAUCGGCGUGUACGCGAGCGUCUGCUGGCUGUACGAACACUUGUACUCUUCACUGCUCGGGAUAAUUUGGGGCUCGGUGAAGCAGAUUGUGUGCGGCCAAAAGACACUAGGGGAACGGUAUGGCAAGUGGGCUGUGGUUACGGGAGCUACGGAUGGGAUCGGGAAGGGGUACGCGGUGCAUCUGGCCAAAAAGGGAAUGAACUUGGUGCUGAUUUCGCGAUCGGAUGCGAAGCUGGUUAAGGUCAGCAGGGAGCUGCAGGAUGCGUACGGAGUGCAGAUCAAACGGAUCGUGGCGGACUUUUCCGCGGGGGCGCCGAUCUAUUCUCACAUCCGGAAGGAACUCGCGGGAAUUGAUAUAGGAAUUCUUGUCAACAACGUCGGAAUCGUCCCGGACAGUGGACUCGAUUUGUUCGAGAAUCACCCAGCCGAAGACUACCUCCGGAUGGUGAACGUCAACAUCGUGUCCACCCUGCUGAUGACCCACCUGGUCCUCCCGAUCAUGAAGAAGGCCCGCCGAGGAAUGGUCAUCAACGUAUCUUCCUCCAGCGCCUACUUCCCGGCCCCCUUCCUUUCGGUUUACUCCGCCACCAAGGUGUUUGGCCACAAUCUGAGUUUGGCCCUGCAGCAGGAACUCCGCGGCACCGGGGUGGAGUGUCAACUGGCGGUGCCGGCUUUUGUGAGGACCAACCUGACCGACGGAUGGAACGUUACCAAGUACGGAGGAUCGAUGGUUCCGGACGCGAACGAUUACGGACGGUGGGCCACGUGGAUGAUUGGGAAGACGAGCCACACGUGUGGGCAUUGGUUUCAUUCGUUGCAGUAUUUGGGCAGCAUGUUAAUCCCAGCGAGUUUGUUCAGGAGGGCUGUUUAUCAUAUCUUUGGAGAUCUCAAGAAGAAUCCUGUUCAAAAUACACAAAGGACUACUUUGUAGUUGAUGCAACACCAGUGGGUUCUAUACGUUUAAGGUUAAGGUUCAUUUUUAAGAUGUUUUCGAUGUAAGAGUAUUACGAUCACCAAUAAAUUUAAUCUGUAUUGCUUUAUUGUU